AUGGACACCGAGCUGGUGUUGGCGAAGGCGCGAGGCCAGAAGGUGAAGAAGCCCAUCCCGACAGAGAUCCAGCUCAGCCGAGCGCACGGUGCCAUCGAGCGCGCCGUCACGGCACGGGAGAGCCACUCGGCGCUGCUGGCGAAGGCCAUCGAGGACCUGCGCUCGCGCUCGGCGCCGGAGCGCCUGCCGCACAUGGUCGAGGGGAUACACGACGCCUGCAUGCAGCUGGAGCACGUGUUCGCCUCCCCGCAGUUCCGCGAGUGCGUCGGCGACGCCUUCCCCGACCUGCCGGCCCUGACCGAGAUGGCGGCGGCGCGGACGCAGCCCACGCUCUUCGACGCCGACGACGGCCUCGCGCUGGCGGGGGAGGCCUUCGAGGGCAGCGACGACGAGGAGGACAAGCAGAGGGAGCGGUCCUGGCUGUCCUCCUCCGCGAGCGGGCGCAGGCAGAGUACGGGCUCGGGCGAGGGCAGCAGCUGGCGCCACCGCGAGAGCUCGCUGCGGCGGCGCGCCUACGACACGGUCGUGCAGGGGCUGGGCUGCAGCGCCCCUGGAGCUAGCCAGAGCCAGGAGAGGUGA